AUGCUCCCCAACGGCAACCGCCAAGUCCUAUCCGACACGGCCUACUACAGCCUCUUUAGUGACAUCAAGUCUAUCGAGGCCGCCUUUUACGUUUUGACCGAGGACGAUGGUCAGACCUUGGCCCCCGGCUGCCAGCCAUAUCCGGCACCUACGAAUGAGUCUUUCAUUCUCAUGGUACUGCGAGGCCAAUGUUCUUUUGACGAGAAGGUCACGCAGCUAGCGACUCUGCCUAAUGCUGUCGGGAUUCUCAUUGCCAACGAUUUUGAUGCGGAUGCGCCGCCCGUCAUGUCUGGCGAAUCAUCCACCGACAUUGUGUCCAUCAGUAUCACGCAAGACAUGGCUACCACCAUCAAGCAGCUGGCUGACACGACGAAUGACUUGAAGGUGCGGGUGGAGCCACUGCGUCAGGUUGAUCCCGAUGACACGUCCAUCGAUCUAAGCAAUUGGCUCUUUGGUCACAUCAUCGUCUUUGGUGUCUUGGUCUUCGUUUUGAGUGGCUGUGUUUUGGGCACCUACUACUGCCGCUCCCUGCUUACACGUAUGGAGCAGAACACGACACGCCGGGAGGUCACCAACAUUCUUGACCGCAUCCCCACCCGCGAGUUUCAGGGCAAGGAGUCCACUCAGGCGUCAGAUGACACGCACGUGACCCAACAAUCGCCUCAGAACGAAGGAGAGAGUUGUGUGGACCAAAGCAUGCCUGCGUCGGCCGCCGCCGUGGAGGACGACGAUGCUCUCUCCGUAGCCACAGCUACCACGGUCGUGGCCUCUGCUGCCGCGGCGUGUGACGAGGACGAGGAGCCCAUGUGUGCCAUCUGCCUUGCUGAGUUCGAAACAGGGGAUGUCGUACGCACGCUCCCGUGUAAGCACGAGUAUCACAAGGAGUGUUGUGACCCCUGGCUCACGGAGCGACGCACCUGCCCGCUCUGUAAAAUCGAUGUGCUCGAGGCCAUAAAUAGCCAGGAGAAUGCGGCUGCGGCAGAUGCUGGCACCCCUUCCACCCGUACCCCGCGCAGCAGGUGGAAUCCCUUUGGCCGACGCGGCCAAGCUAUUGACAUUGAAAAUCCGGCUCCCAGUCCGGCGCCCGUAGCCCCCGCGUCCCUUGGUGCCAUCCAAAUGGUGGGUUCAGAGGGAGCCUUGCCCAUGACUGCCAGCGUUCUCCCAGCACCCGUGGCCGCCUCAGGUUCCUCGCCCAGCCCAAUUCGAGGCUACGGGGCCAUUGAUGCCGGUCCGGUUGCCACAUCACCGCGUCUACGAGCGCUGAGUGGCUACGAUGUGCCCGAGGAUGCCCAGUCACACAGCUCGAUGGAUUCAUCCACCUCUCGUCGGCAGCUUCUGUCCACCAGCUCCGACGAUUCUCUUCUUUGA